UCUGUUUCUAGUCAAUUAAAGAUUCAAAAACUGCAGAAAUUGCUUCCUUUUCUUCCUUUUAAGUAUCCUCAAUCUGAAACUCUCUUCAUCAGUUUUCCUGGAAAAUUUUCCCUUUUGAUAAUGUUUAUGGAGACCUCUCCAUUUCUUUUUAUAUUGUUUCUUUUUGCAGGAGAAUUAGUAUCUGGUGGAACUGCUCAACUGGUGCACUGCAAUGAAGCUGAUAGAGAAGUUCUGCUUGACUUCAAAAUGGGUCUUGAAGAUCCAAUGAACCAGCUUUUCUCAUGGCAUGGAAGCAAUUGCUGUCAAUGGCUGGGCAUAGCCUGUGACAAUGCCACUGGAGCUGUAAUUUCCAUUAACCUCUCCAGCCUUGUUUUGGGUGGGGAGAUUAGACCCUCAUUCUCAAAACUCAAGUUCUUGACACAUCUGGAUUUGAGUUCCAACUUAUUCAAUUGCUCAAUUCCUGAUUCCUUCUCCUUUUUGGAGAAAUUGCAAUAUCUAAACCUAGCAUCUGCUGGGUUUAGUGGUGCAAUCCCUCCAACUCUUGGAAACCUCUCCAGCUUGCAGAUUCUUGAUGUCUCUUCAUAUGGUUUAAAUGUUGAUAAUCUUGAUUGGGUGAGUGGUCUUGUCUCGCUAAAAUAUUUGUCUAUGAAUUAUGUAGACCUUUCAAAGGUUGGAGCAGAAUGGGUUAUGGCGUUAAACAAGCUUCCAUUUUUAGCCGAGCUGCAUUUAGCUGGUUGCGGCUUAUCCAAUUUCAUGUAUACUCUUCCUUCUCUUAAUUUUACUUCACUUGCAGUCCUAGAUCUUGCAUGUGACUUUCAUUUCACAUGCAACCACUUUCAUUCUAAGUUACCAAAUUGGCUUGCAAAUGUUAGCAGCCUUGUAUCUGUCGACAUCAGCCAUGGCAGCCUGCGUGGAAGGAUUCCACUAGGUUUUAGUGAACUGCCAAAUUUGAAGUCACUAAAACUUAAUGGCAACGAAAAUCUCUCAGCAAGUUGCUCACAACUCUUCCAUGGAAGCUGGGAAAAGAUUGAAUUUCUAGAUUUUUCUGUCAACAAAUUACAUGGGAGGCUUCCUGCUUCCCUUGGAAACAUGACGUCUCUCUUUCAUCUGGAUUUGUCACAUAAUGAUAUCAAAGGUGAGAUUCCAAACUCCAUUGGCAGGCUAAAAAAUCUUACUCAUCUCUCUUUGGAUUAUAACUUGCUUCAUGGUCUGAUCCCUGCUGCCAUUGGAAAUUUGCAGCAUUUAGCUUUUCUUAGUCUGAGCUCAAAUAAGCUAAAUGGUACUCUCCCAGAUAGCUUAGGACUUCUCUCUGAGUUGUACUUCCUUGAUGUUUCUAUCAAUGAAUUGACAAGUGUUAUCACAGAAGCACAUUUUCUGAUGUUAAGUAAACUGAAGUCCUUGUUCUUGUAUAGAAACUCACUCAUUUUCAAUAUCAGUUCCAAUUGGGUCCCUCCAUUCCAGCUUCAUGUGCUAGAUAUCAGGUCAUGCCAUUCCGGUCCUUCCUUUCCUUUUUGGCUUAGAUCUCAAAAAGAAAUAAGAUUUUUACUUCUCUCAAACUGUAGUAUUUCAGGCUCCAUUCCCAACUGGUUUUGGAGCAUAUCUGGCUCUUUCUAUCAUUUAGAUGUUUCUUCCAAUCAUUUAGUGGGUCGUUUGCCAAAAUUGUUGAAUGUUGGACUAGGUGCGUUUAUGGUUGAUUUGAGCAACAACCACUUGGAAGGACCCAUUCCUCUUUUUGAUGUCUCAAUACUAGAUCUUUCUAAUAACCAAUUCUCUGGUUCUAUACCAAACAAUAUUGGUCAAAUUAUGACAAGUGUAGAAUUCUUAUCUCUUUCUGGUAACCAGUUGAAUGGUGCAAUCCCAGAUUCCCUGGGCUCAAUUGGAUAUAGCCUUGAAGUGUUGGAUCUUUCAAAAAAUAAUUUGACAGGAAGCAUUCCUUUAAGCAUAGGGAAUUGUUUUGAUCUCCAAAUUGUAGACUUUCAGAACAACAAUUUGUCUGGAGGGAUUCCUAGUUCAAUGGGUAAGUUGUUUGGUCUUCAAAUCCUUCACUUAGGCAAAAACAGUUUAUCAGGAGAAAUCCAUUCUCUUCAGAGUGUUUCAUCUUUGGAAACUUUAGACUUGGCAAACAACAGGUUCACAGGAAAUAUACCGCCUUGGAUUGCAGAAGCUUUCCCUCAUCUUAGAAUACUUAGCUUGAGGUCAAAUAACUUUUCAGGAGAAAUUCCCUUGGCACUUUUCAAUAUGGGUUCUUUACAAGUUUUGGACCUAGCAGAAAACCAUUUGAAUGGUUACAUUCAUGCUAACAUUGGCAGUUUGGAAGCCAUGACCCAUCAGCAAAAUAUUACCAAUAUUUUGUUUUAUGGAAGUUUUGUGGAGCACCAGUACAAACAGUACAUAGAUGCAAUGAAAAAUGGGAUUGAACUGCAGUAUACCAAGACUCUCGCCCUUCUAACCAGCAUAGAUCUUUCUGGUAAUGAUCUGCAUGGAGUGAUUCCAAAAGAAAUAACAAAGUUAGUUGGUUUGGUGGUUUUGAACCUGUCAAGAAACCAUAUCAGUGGCCAGAUUCCUGAAAACAUUUCAGAAUUGAGUCAGCUGUUAUCUCUUGAUCUCUCGGGCAAUAAGCUUUCUGGUCGUAUUCCCCUGAGCAUGUCUUCAAUGACAUUUUUGGGAAGUUUGAACCUGUCAAACAAUAACUUGUUGGGCAGAAUUCCAUAUCAAGGUCAGAUGACAACUUUUAGUGCAUCAUCAUUUGUUGGAAAUUCAGGUCUUUGUGGAAAUCCUCUUGCUUUGAAGUGUCCAGGUGAUGAGUCAAACAAUAGUUCAUAUGUUGGAGGGAAAGAUGAGGCAGAGGAAGGUAAUGGGUUUAUUCAUAAAUGGUUUUACUUCAGCAUUGGAUUGGGAUUUGGCGUGGGUUUGCUGCUUCCUUUUUUGAUAUUUGCAAUCAAAAGAACCUGGGGUGGUGUCUACUUUGCUUAUGUAGAUAUGGUGGUUGUUAAAUUGUGGAGUUCAAGAAACUAACAGAACAGCUUUAAGAAGAACAAUUCAGCACAGCAGCUGUAGUUUCUUCUUUCCCCUUUUUCUCCUUUGUUGAUUGAUCAGUUUACUUAGUUUUCUGAGGAAAUAAUUUGUGUACAUCUUUUGUCAUUUGGGUGUUAAAAAGUUUUUUGAAUUUUCAGUUGUAAU